UGCCUCACCCAUGGGUGGUAGCCCUUUACCAGCUUGUCUCUCGCCAUGAUCCUUUAAAGGGCGGCGAUGGCUAUCGGACUAGCCUCACCCCGAUGAGCGGUUUCCAGAUCGGCUGCCGCGUGCGAGUCCUCCGCGGGCGACAGUUCGCAGAAUUCAAAGAAAGAGAUGAAGGAGUAAUCCUGGAAAUCAACGAUGAGUGCCGGAACUGUGUGGUCGUGUUCGAUGGACGGAAAGAGAAGGUUCAGGUGGCUCUCAAGCAUUUGCGCGUUGUGGCGAAUGGCCGAAAUCCAGAUUCAGGUGCAUCGGAGCGGUCCCCGAAGGUUUUGGCCAAGGAAAUCGCCAACGAGAUGCGGCUGGCAGAUCUCUCCACCGUCCAGGUGUUGGAGGCUGAAGUGCAGGAGCUGCGCUGCGAGCUGGCCAAGUCGCAGCGCCGCUGCGAAGUGCUCAGCGCCAAGGCGGAGCGGUGCUUCGAGUCAGAGGCCUGUGCCAAGCAGGAGGAGCUGCAAGCAGAUCUCGUAGCCGCCCGGGCGGAGGCGACGGCUCAAGAGCUGCAGACGGCUGUUGCGAGCCUCAAGGCGGAUUUCCGCCAACAGCAGGCGGAGGCGUUGGCUUCGGCGCGAGACCUGCGCUCAGAGCUGGCGAGGCAGCAGCAGGAGCUGGCAGAGGAACGCCUGGCUGCAGCCUCCUUGCGCCAGGAGCUUCACAGAGUGUCCCAUGAGCCGGGCAACGAGUUUUCAGCCAAGGUCUUCGAGGUGAAGGGGGCCCAAUGGGCUGAGCAGAUCGCUGAGCAGGCGCAGCGGGAACUCGCUUUUGUGCGAGGCCCUGAUGUACCAAAAGGCAAGCUUUCUGGUCGGCGGCCCGAGAGAGGCGGCAUGGAGGCCCAGCUCGGGGAGUUCGAAAGCGCGCGGGCCGGCCCGGUGCCAGCACGUCCGGACAACCCGCAUGCCUGGCACGGGGACGGGUCUGUGCGCAGCGGCGUGCUUGGGUCGGCCGUGGCGUGUGCUUCUUCGCCAGCCCCAGCCGAGAACCUGCAUGCCGGGCAUGCUCAGCAUGAUGCCGGGCACCGUGGGUCUCUGUUCGGCGGCGCACUUGGGUCGACCGUGAUGCCGGGCGCACCAUCACCGGCCCGGCCGGUAGCAGAGGGUCUGCAUGCCCGGCCUGAUGCCGGACACCCCGGGUCUCCGGGUGGCGCACUUGGGCGGGCCUUGAUGCCGGGUGCUACAUCACCGGACCGGCCAGCUGCAGACAACCUGCAGGCCCGGCCGGCAGCAGAGAAUCUGCAUGCCGGGCUUGACGGGCAUGCCCGACCUGAUGCCGGACACCCCGGGUCUCCGGGUGGCGCACUUGGGUCGGCCGUGAUGCCGGGUGCUACAUCACCGGCCCGGCCAGCUGCAGACAACCUGCAGGCCGCGCAUGCCCAACGUGAUGCUGGACAUCUUGGUUCUUUGGGCGCCCGGCCGGCAGCAGACACUUUGCAUGCCGGGCUUGCCGGGCAUGCCCGGCCUGAUGCCGGACACCCCGGGUCUCCGGGUGGCGCACUUGGGUCGGCCGUGAUGUCGGGCGCUUCAUCCUUAGCCUUAGCUGGGUAUGCCGGGCAUGCCGGGCAUGCUGGGCCUCCGGGCGGCGCACUUGGGUCGUCCGUGGCAGGCGCCUCAUCAGAAGCGCUACAUAUGCCUCAGCCGAGCCUCCAGCCACAGGCCAAGCCACUGAGCGCUUUGCAGUUCAUGUCGGAGCCGCGUGCCUCACCGCCGCGGAACACUUUGACCAAGUACUCCUCCUGGCCCAGCCCAGCUCAGGCCCGCUCAGCCGCCACACCCGAGGGCCGAGUGCUUAGCCCCUCGUCUUUGCACUCCAGCGCCUCGGACGACCGACUGGACCGCUUGGCGUUGGCAUCAAAGAUGGCGAGCAAGCUGAAACGAGCAUCUGCGAACGCAGUGGAGCGCUCCCGUGUGACCAUGCCACCGCGCAGUCUCAGUGGAGUGGAAGCCUUGCACGCGCGAAUGAACAAGAGCCGACACGCGAACGCGGGAUCUGCAAUGGUGGCCAAAGACACCCCGGAGGCGACCCUGCAGGAACAUGACGGCCACGAGGGCCAUCCGCUUAGGAAGCGCAUGGGCAAGCGGCCGCCGCAGCCCUCACCGGGCCGCAGGGCGGAUGAGAUCGACGACGAUCCCAGCUGGGGCGGGUGGUUCUAAGCGCCCGGACCGCCCGGAUCGGACUCAUGGCAGAGCGCCAACUGCAUGGCACAUGUGGGUGUGUCAUUUGUUUUUUCGGGACCC